ACAGCCUAAAGCUAAGCGCAGCGGACAUGUUGUUUCAUUGCUGAGUAAACUUUAGCCGAGUAAAGUUGGGUAGCGCCGUUCAAAUUACCAUCGAAACUAAUUUUUUCGUUUGGUGAAAAGGAGCCGAAGAAGAGCCUAGUGGAUUAAGUUAAGCUGAGCAGAUUUUACUUCAGGAAACCCAGUUGGUGUGGAUUACUACUAAUACUACGGUUCGACCAGUUACGAGAAGAACCCACUCAGCGAUGAGCUACCAGUGCGUGCUGGUACUCACGCUGUCGCUGCUGGCGAUCAGCGUGAGCCUAGCGAAUCCUGCCAACGACAAGGCAGCGGCGAGCUCGAGUGCCCUGCCAAAGGCUCAGGAUCCGUUGUUCAACAAGAUGCUAGCGGAAAAGUCGUCCGAUGUUCCGAUGGCUCAGAACCCUGUGUUCAACAAGAUGCUUCCUGAGGUGGACUCGAAGGAGAACCUCAUCGAUGACGAUGGGCCACCGCCGAAGCCGGCGGUCGAUCUCAAUCCCAAGUAUGCCAAGCAUGCUCUCAAGAAAGGUGCUACGGAGCAAGUUAUCAAAGCUGAAUCUACGACAAUGGGAAUUGUUGCAGUAGACAAAGCUGAAAAUAAAGGUAGCUUGAUUGAUGACGAUAGCUACGAAGAUGAAGAUGAUCUUCUUUCGAGCGAGGACACAAAUAACAUGGAUGAAACUUUAGCGAAAAACGAAAAUGUUUCAGAAGUUCAAGAGUCUGAAAAAGUUGGUAUUCUGCCACAGAUCGAAGAUCUUUCAGAUAUCAAGUACAUUCAGCCAAAACUGACGGAAAGCACGCAGCAAGAGGUCCUCAUAUCAGAAAAACCCAAGACCAGCACUGCUAGUACGGCAAAGAUUUCAGAUCACAGCAGCACCCCUGCUCCCGAUGACGAAUACUAUAACGACGACGAUGAGGAUAGUGAAGAGCUCGAUGACGAAAAAAUCGAUCCUCUCGCGGUUCCAAAAAUGCUAGCUAAGAUCACUCCGCCAUCAACCGAAGCACCGAAAGCGUCAAGUCCUAAAACGAAGACAUCUGGUAGUCCAAAGACUUCGUCAACAGCUGCGAAGGUAACUACCGGCGAUAACGAGAUCUUAGACGAGAUUGAUGACGACGAUGAAGACUACCAGUACGAUGACGAUGAUGAUUUGGGUGAUGAAAAGAUUGACCUUGAUGCUGUAGAUAAGCUACUGGCACAGAAAAAGCAGAAACAGAAGGAAUCAACCACCGCUAGUUCUGCUCCUGGCAAGAAAACCGACAGCAAAAAUGCUAACCAAAACUACCCCGAGGACUACUACGACGAAGACGACGAGGAUGACGACGAUGAUUACAACCUGGAGGAACAGGUGCACCUGUGUCCACGGGACUGUAUCUGCGAGCGCAACAUGCACGCCUAUCUGGUAGCCACCUGUAGUCGACUGGAUAAGGACACGCAGAAAUUUUCACCCUCGAUUACCGACCUGCAAGUACUGGACGUUGGUCCCAAAUACCCGAUCGUUCUGAGUGCAGAGUUCUUCAAGCAGAUCGGGCUCUCCCACGUGGUCUCGAUCAAGAUCAGCAACUGUACCAUCGAAUAUAUCAGCCCAUCCGCGUUCGCCGGAUUAGACGAUCUCUAUUCCGUGAACCUAACCAAUUCCGGAAUUGACAUGCUUCAUCCGGAUACUUUCGCUAAUAAUACCAAGCUGCGUCUCCUUACACUCUCUGGAAACGACCUGAGCGCGAUGCAAAGUGUCAACUACAACACUCCAUACACUGAGUAUAUGCUAAAAGCUCCAUCUAUCGAAGAAUUGGAUAUUUCCAAAUGCAAUCUCCAAGCUCUGCAGCCUACCGCUUUCAAUGAACUCAAAAACAUCAUCUACAUUAAUCUGGCCGAUAACCAAUUGAAAACUUUACCACAAGGCAUCUUUGAUAAGGUCGAAACAAUCGAAGAACUAGAUCUUUCUACGAAUAGUAUCGCUGAGUUGCCCAAGAACAUUUUCAACCGAACGUCUCUAGCCAUUCUGCACCUCAAGUACAACAUGAUCAACAGUAAUCUGGAAUUUGUAACACCCGAUCUGCAGAAACUUGACCUAAGCUACUGCCAGAUACGCCAGAUAAACGGUCUGAUGUUCAAGGGCAUGGAAGGACUAACCAACCUAAUCCUGAAGGGUAACCGCAUCAAAAGGAUCAACCAAAUCGCUUUCACCUCGUUGAAGAGCCUCCGGCAGAUUGAUUUGUCGCAAAACUAUUUGGAACAAAUUUCCUCCCUGACCUUCCUGGGCAACAGAGAACUCGAUAUCAUCAAGCUAAAUGACAAUCACCGACUAAAGGAACUGCCAGCCGAGGGUUUCGAGAGCUCAUGGGGUGCCUUUAACACAUACUUCCUGGACGUGUCCAAUUGCGACAUCUCCGAACUGGCAGACAAUACGUUCAAAACGAUGCCGCAUUUGACGCGGCUGAAUCUGGCCUGGAAUAACUUGCAAACCGUUGGCCCGGCUGUAUUGAGCAUGCUCGAUAAACUGAUGGAAGUGGAUCUGAGCAACAAUCUGAUCACCAAUUUGCACGAACAUUCCUUCCUGCACAAUAGAAACUUGAACAAGCUCAACCUCUCCGGUAAUCAAAUGACACGUCUAUCAGCCAAGGUGUUCCUGCCGCUACAGUACCUAAGUCACCUGGAUGUAAGCGACUGCGAUCUGCGCAUGAUCUGGGAGAACUCCGAUCCGAACACCAAGAACGUGAAGGUGCUGCCGAACUUGAAAUUGCUGAACGUAUCGCAUAACGAGAUUACCAGCGUGUACGUUUCGGAUCUCGAGCAGCUGACCAGUCUACGCGUUCUGGACAUCAAGAACAAUUCGUUGAAAUGCAAUCCGUACUUCAAAUCGCUAAUCAAAUGGUUGGGAGUGAAGAAGAUAUCGCUGGGCGAUUCGAACAAGGAACAGCGCACUCAUGCCGAGCUAACAUUAGCUGUAGGCAUUACGGACAACUCCGCACCGCUCGUAGAAUGGAGCCAGUUCGCGCAGGAAAUUUGUCAGACUGGAAAGAACGGUGAAGACUCACCGGUUGUUAUCAAGGAUACCGAACUGGAUGAUAACGAUGAAGAUGAAGAUGACAUCGAAGAAGACGAAUCAGAGGAUGAUGAUGACUACUCUGAUGAACAGAACACCAAGAAAGAAGAUGUAGUGGAUAGCAAGGAUGAACCAGAUCAGUACUACGAUGAGGAUGAUGAUUCCGACGAUGACGAAAAUGACAUCAUAAACGCCGCUAAUGGAAUACAAAAGAUCGAAGAAGCUAUUUUGGGCAAUUCCAAAUCGGAUGAUCCACUGGAAGAAUCGGUAACCAGUUUGGACAGUGAUGCAGUGCUGCAAAUCGGCGUUAUCUGGCUGCCAUUCAUCUGCAUAGCCAUGGGAAUUCUAAUGAUCGUUGUAGCUAUCAGCAGGAUUUUCGCCAUUAUGAUGCGAAAACGUGGAGAACGCUAUCGCCAAGCUUUGCUAGCUUCUAAAAACUCAAUCGUAUACCAGAAACUUACGGAAGACAUUACGGCACCCAAAACACCUAAGGUGCAUCGAUACGCUCCAAUUCAGCAGGUCUAGAAAGUGAGCUUCUUCACCAUCGUCGGCACCACUACUACUUAACAGCAAACAAAAUGAAUGCUUCCAAUAAAGAUCAUUAACCUCGAUAAUAAUUGGUAUGAUCACCUUCCAAAAGCAGCUUAAAGAUUUCCAGUCCUUCCAAACUACAGUCAGCGAUUUUUUGUAACAAAUUAAACUAGUAAUAAGAUCAGCAGAGUACUUAUAGUGAAAGAAAGGUACGAGAGUAAAAAAUAGGCAGUAGCGGUAAAAAUAUUUAUUAAGUUUUCCUUCCUACGGAGCCUUCAAUAUAUUACAUAAAAACAAUGGAUUUGAACUGAAACCUUUUACACGAACAAUCACAACGUAGAGAGUAUUCACAGUGUAUUUUUCUGUUAGUUAACAUUCCGUUAUACUCCGAGAUGUUUGAACGAUUUCUUUUUGUUUUAUUCCAAUUGCAUUUCCGUUCACUGUGUUAAAGCAUUAAAAACCACAGUACAGUGACAAAUUUUCCCCGCAACAUAGGGUUCACAUAGGGCACGAUAAGUCACCAAACUACUCACAAUCAAGCAGACAUAGGAAAUCGACUAGCAAUACUAUUAUAGACUUCCACCAUGUGCCAUUAGAUGAAAGAGGAACAUCCUAAAUAAAUUCAAAAGAAUGCAAAACAUACAAACGCACUAUGGCAAACGGAAUCAGCAGAAUUUUAUCUACAGGCUUGAAAACAAAUGGUGAAUCAGUUAAUAAGAUAUGCGUAGAGUAGAAGGACUUAUGAUAACAACCGAAAAUUGCAGUAUAAUAUUUUUCCUUUAAAUUAUUGUGAAACAUUUUUACAACUUAUUACAAUUUGUCGUUUGGUUUGAUGAAAUAAAGCGGUUUUAUCAAACACAA